AUGGAGAAAGCGGCGGGCGAAGGCGGCGGCAGCAACAGCAGCAGCCGCAGCAGCAGCCGCCCCACGUCGGCGGGCUCGUCCCCCUCGUCCUCCUCCGCCAGCCGCGGGCUCCCGGGCCGGGCGGCGGCCGCGGGCAGGCUGGAUGGAGGCGGGGGCGGCGGCAGCAGCAGCCCCGGCUCGGCGGCGGCCAGCCCGGGGGGCGCGCAGGCGCCCGGCGGCGGCGGCAGGCGGCGGGAGCCGGUGCUGGAAGGGACGCUCAGCAAAUACACGAACCUCCUGCAGGGCUGGCAGAGCAGGUACUUUGUGCUGGACUUUGAGACGGGGAUUCUGCAGUAUUUCAUGAAUGAGCAAACGAAAAACCAGAGCCCAAAGCCACGAGGAGCCUUGUCUUUAGCUGGAGCUAUCAUAUCGCCCAGUGAUGAAGUGCCACACAUGAUGGUGGUCUACUCUGCUAAUGGAGAGAUGUACAAGCUGAGAGCUGCUGAUGCAAAGGAGAAACAGUACUGGAUAACUCAGCUUCGAUCCUGUGCCAAACAUCACAAGGAAAGUGAUUCUAAGAGCAUCUCAUCCUCACGAAGUAGAAGCUCAUCUCUGUUGCCACCUGGGACAGCUAAUUCUGCAUCUCCCAGUGGCCAGAAACACACGAAUCAAAGUGGGCCAACUGUUGUAACCAUCACACAUCACAAAUCACCUGCAGCUGCUCGAAGAGCAAAGAGCCAGAGAUCUGGUCAGCUCCACGAAGUCCGAGAGGUCAUGAGCCAAGCUGAAGGACAGCAGAAGAAUCUUGUACAAGCCAUUGAAUCUCUCCCAAAUUCUGGACCUCUUACUGCCUUGGAUCAGGACUUGCUACUUUUAAAAGCUACCUCUGCUGCCACCCUGAGCUGCCUUGGAGAAUGCCUGAAUCUCCUACAGCAAAGCAUGCAUCAAGUGGGCCAACAGCAUAACAGGACACUGCCAUCAGAUGGUAUCCUGGGAUGGCCUGGCCCCAAGUCACACUCCACAGAGGAACUGAAAAACGGUGCCCUCAGCUCCUUAUCAUCUGCUAGUGCCAACAUAACCUGGGCAAGUACCAUAGUACCAUCUGCAGCCCAGGAUGCACAGGCACUACAGCCAAACGCUGAGCAUUCAACUUCUGAGUUGAUCCUAGUUGAAGAUGAAAUGACAGAUACUGAAGAUAACGAAGAGGAGGAUUUAGGAGUCAUGGAUGAUCAACGCAGUGUAAUUCUCCAUCUCAUCUCUCAGCUCAAACUUGGCAUGGACCUUACCAGGGUAGUGCUUCCAACAUUUAUUUUGGAGAAAAGAUCCCUGCUGGAGAUGUAUGCAAAUUUCAUGGCCCAUCCAGACCUGUUUUUGUCAAUUGCAGCUGGAGCCACUCCCGAGGAAAGGAUUAUCUGCUUUGUGGAGUAUUAUCUCACAGCUUUUCACGAAGGCCGAAAGGGAGCAGUUGCCAAGAAGCCCUAUAACCCUAUAAUUGGUGAAACCUUUCACUGCUCGUGGGAUGUGCCUAGAGAUAAAGUGAAAGCAUUCAGAACUAAUGGUGCCUCCACGGUUUCUAAGGACUCAGCCAAGGAGCUUGGCCAGGACCAGUCCUCAUGCUACAAGCUGAGGUUUGUAGCUGAACAAGUGUCUCAUCAUCCACCAGUAUCUUGCUUUUACUGUGAGUGCAAAGAGAAGAAAAUGUGUGUGAACGCUCACGUAUGGACCAAAAGCAAGUUCAUGGGCAUGUCAAUAGGUGUUUCUAUGGUAGGUGAAGGUGUCCUUCACUUGCUGGAACAUGAGGAGGAGUAUGUCUUCACCCUGCCCAGUGCCUAUGCUCGCUCAAUCCUUACCAUCCCCUGGGUGGAGCUUGGAGGGAAAGUCAACAUCAGCUGUGCCAGAACGGGCUAUUCUGCCACGGUCACGUUCCACACCAAGCCCUUCUAUGGAGGGAAGGUCCACAGGGUUACGGCCGAGGUGAAGCACAAUCCAACGAACACCAUUGUGUGCAAGGCACAGGGAGAAUGGAAUGGCACCUUGGAAUUCACUUACAGCAACGGAGACACCAAAGUCAUUGACACCACCAAACUGCCUGUGAUCAGGAAAAAGAUCAGGCCCAUAGCAAACCAAGCGCCACUGGAAUCAAGGCGCCUGUGGCAGCACGUCACCAACUCUCUGAAGGAGGGCAACAUCGACGCCGCCACGGAGCACAAGCACCGCCUGGAAGAGAGGCAGCGGGCGGAGGAGAGGCAGCGGGCGGCGCUCACAACUCCCUGGAAACCCAAAUACUUUGCCAAAGAGGGCGACGGUUGGCUGUACGUGAAUCCUCUCUGGAAGGCCCAUUGACAGGAGAGAGCAGUUGCCUCCUAAGUUUACCUGAAAGGCAUUAAAAUGAUACAGUAUGUCACUUCAGGAUGUCCUUGGAUAGGUCCUGUUCCCAGAAGAUCCCCAUGGGAAGCUAUGUACUGUGAAUGAUACAUCUCACAAAAAGCACGAGCUCGAGUUUAUUCAGGAGCCAUUUUGUGUGUGCAGAUCCACAGGCACACAGGCACAGGUCCCUCAGUACCACGGUGUGCAUGUGUUGUGUGUGUUAUUUACACUACAUGUAAACAGUACCAACACCAAUAGCGACUCAAAGACCUUUUCCUCCAAGUGUUAGGGCACAGAACCCUGGCUGGACUCGGCCGGGGUUCCCUGAGUUGUGUGCUUGCAGGAUCAGGCCCUGUGCUAGUAUUUAAGAAAAUACUUUUUUAUUAGUACUGGUUAAGGUUUUUCUAUUUUUCACUUUUGCCAAAAAUGUUUUGCACUUGAAACGUGACGUGUCUGUUAAUGGCAGUCGAUCUGUCUGAGCAGUCAGCGAUAGCUCACUUGGGUGUAAGAGUGAUCCACUGGCCGUGCUCGCUCUGGGUUGCCCAGGUCAGGGCGUUUCCUGCCACUGAUGAGUGUGAAUUUCCUGCCACCCUCUAAGAAGUAGCAAUACCUUCUCCAGAAUGUUGUUCUUCACACUAACCUGUUGUGUCCUCACUGCUUUGUCUGUUCAUGCUCCAGCUCUUCAGUCUGUCUCUGGUCACCACCCCUGAGCCAGCUGCUCUGGUGACUUUGAUCUUGCUGUGUAAUGUUCUCUGGCUGCUGGCAUGCCAACACUUCUGGCUUACAUGUUCCACUAAAUGGGAUUGCUUCUGAUAAAACAUCUGGAUGAGUAGAGGUGAUAUAACUAGCAUUCCCAGAAAAAUGAUUCCCUGAUGUAAAAGUAACAAUUUAGUAAAUUAUUCCACCGGGAUAAUAACUUUAUGAAUGAAACAAAUGAAAUGGGAUACAAUUUGUUUUGUAGUGUUAAAAAGAAAAAUUAAAGAAAAUCCUGUCAUUUGAUCUUGCUU